ACUCACUCCCUUUACUCUGACAGCAGACUCACUCAACUGGGCUACUGUACAGCAUGGACUCGAAAGUAAAACUCUAAACUCUGUGUGUGUGUGUGUGUGUGUGUGUGUGUGUGUGUGUGUGUUUGUGUACGGUCAAGUGAGACUCAAUGCGCUCAACCGUUGCCUAGAUUACUCUAAGAUAAAAACUCCUGCCAGGUGACUUUGUUGAACGUGUUGAACCUGGUCAGUGUGUUUAGUGAUAAAACUUUUGGCAAAAAAAAACUGAGUCACCAGGAGGUUCAAAGGGGUCAGACCACCUCAGUGAGCCAGUGACUCUCCGUCGGGCUGUCAGGUAAAGAGGAAACUGGGCAGCAAGCUGGACAGCAGCACUACAAGAGCUGGGCGGCAUCACUGGACCCCUGAAACGAGCAGACAGCUGUCCACCUGUGACGUGGAGGUCAGUCUGUCCAGCAAAACGUAGCCAAGGUUGUGUAAAAUAAAUAAGUAAAUAAAUAAUUUGUGACAGUUUGGAUAGCUGUGGCAUUCCACCAAGGAAGUGACAGGCAGGCAUAAAUCUCUGCCAGCUCGGAGUAUCGUCAGGCAGCACCGGCAGUGGCAUCUGACCGUACCUGGACUGGCACCUCUGUGUGUGUGUGUGUGUGUGUGUGUGUGUGGGUGGGGUGGGGAUGCGUCGCGACCGGCUCCUGGUGGCCUCCACGCUGGCCUUCUUCCUGGCGGUGGACAUCUACUUCGUGCUGCUGCCUCGGCUGAGAGAUCGGUACCUGCUGCCGGGGGACAGGUGCCCGAUGCGAGGCGCGGCGUUGCCAAGCGGCAGCGCCAGCGGUGAUGAGUGGCCCGGGGGCGAGGAGGGGUGGAGAGGAGCGAGGUGGCUCAGGCUGGACAGGCUGUUUGCUCACCCGCUGUACAACAUGAAGCUGCCGGAGAUGAGCGACGCGGAGGUGCUGCUGCAGCACAGCGAGCUCAUGGAGUACUACAGGAGGAAGCUGGCCCGCUGGGAGAGGCAGCAGAGGCACUACAGUGACGCCGCCGCGGCCGCCAACCUGUCCCUGCCUCAGCAGCCGGCGACCUUUGACCCCGAGGCCAGCUGGCUGAAAUUCCACCUGGGGAUCAAUCGCUACGCGCUGUACACCCGAGACGACCCUGGGAUCGCUCGCCUGCUGCAGGACAUGCGCAGCAGCGUCAUCAUAAGCGCAGAUUAUACUCAGGAUGAGAAAGCACUGAAGGGUGUGUGUGACUGCUCUCAAGUGGUAAAACCCAGCGGACAUCACCUGAAGCUGGCUCUGAAGUUCAAGGAUUUUGGCAAAUCUAUGUUCAAACCCAUGAGGCAAGAGAGAAACGAGCAGACCCCUGAGGACGUCUUCUACUUUGUCGACUUCCAGAGACACAACGCAGAGAUCGCAGCCUUCCACCUGGACAGAGUGCUGGAUUUCCGAAGAGUGCCACCUGUGAUAGGGCGACUGGUUAAUGUCUCUGGGGAGAUUCUGCACGUCACUCGGAACGAGGAACUCAAGAGUGUGUUUUUCACCUCCCCAGCAAACAACACCUGCUUCUUCGCCAAAUGCCUGUACGUGUGCAAGACAGAGUACGCCGUGUGCGGUCACCCGGACCUUCUGGAAGGUUCCAUGUCGGCGUACCUGCCUGGGCUGAGCAUCGCACCCCGGAUCUCCAUCCCCAACCCCUGGAUCCGAUCCUACACCUUCACCGGGAAAGAAGAAUGGGAGGUUAAUCCUUUCUACUGUGACACAAUACGGAGGCUCUAUCCCUACAACUCUGGAAACAGGCUACUCAACAUCAUCGACAUGGCCAUAUUUGACUUUCUCACAGGGAACAUGGACCGCCAUCACUAUGAAAUCUUUACCAAAUUUGGUGAUGCUGGAUUUCUGCUUCACUUUGAUAAUGCUAGAGGGUUUGGCAGGCACUCCCAUGAUGAGCUGUCCAUCCUGGCUCCCCUGACUCAGUGUUGCACUAUCAAGCGUUCAACGCUGCUCCGCCUGCAUCUGCUGACCCGGCCAGACCUCCGCCUGAGCGAGGUGAUGCGCGAGUCCCUGGAUGGCGACCCGCUCCGGCCGGUUCUGACCGAGCCGCACCUGCUGGCGCUGGACCGGCGUCUGGAGAAGAUCCUGCGGGCCGUGCAGCGCUGCGUCCGCAAACUGGGCGAGCGGCAGGUCGUGGUGGCCGACUUCGUGGAGGUGCCAGAUGAUCCGGCGACGCGAUCGCCCCAACCUCCCCUGCCCCCAGAGCCCCGGAGCAGGUGACCGGUGGACAGACGAGGAGGCGCCGAACUGAGAGAUGGAGAAGAAAGAGAGAUGAAGACGAUGAAUAACAAAUAAAAUGAGGAGAUGGAGCUGAGGGAGGCUCGAUGAAGUCGAAGAGUGGAGGACAGAUGGAGUUGAAAUGAUCAAUGGAGUUGAGAGAGAGAGAGGAGUGUCAUGCUAACAAAGGCUGUGGCACUGUUCACCUGCAGGUCAAAGGUCAAGGUUCAGUUCAGGUGGGGUGAUCUUCUCACUGGAACAGGUUCAGUCUGGAUUGGGUUUAUUUCAGUGAAGGUUCCUCUGGCCUGCCAUUGCCAGAGCAAGCAAUUAGCACCAGCAUAUUACCAGUGCAUACAAGUACUUAAUUCUCACAUACAGGUCAUUCAGAGUGCCAGUAUACAGCUCUCACCCUCAAAGCCAGCAGCAAUGGCUCUUCUUUGGAAUAGAGCAACGGACAUGCAUCUGUUGGGUGGGAAGAGAU